AUGGAACUUCCUAGCUACCCCAAUGCUGCUACUCUAGGUGGUGAAUUACCCGUGGAUGUUGGUACAUAUGUUGAUCAACCUCUUCGGCCGGCUCUUUGCAUCCGAGCUGUUGUUAUCUCCGGCUUCAGCCCCACAUCACUUGCUCUCAUCUUCCGGAAGAUGGAUCAGCCAAGCGAUAACUGGGUCGUCCUUCCUAUGACACCGCUGAAGUGCGAUCCUGAGCGCUAA